GGGUUGGGUUGGUUUGGUCAGUUUUCUGGUCAGCCCUGUUUCAUUCAAAAUCAAAGGAUGUUUGAUAUUUUAAGACAUGUUUUGUGGAAUAACAAACGUACGGUUAGUAUAAUUGUAGCUAUAUCUAUAUAUAGCUAGAGGUAGUCCAUAACAAUUGCUUUUCCAAUCAAAUUUUCGAAUUGAACCUAUAUAAUAACCAACAAUCUUUGUUGUUAAUUCAUCGGUACAAACGGUUUAAAUAAACGUUUUCCUCUUUUUCUUUUCCGUCUCCCUCGCGAAACGAUAUCGUAGCAUAUCGUUUCACAGAGAGAUCAAGAAAGAGAAAGAGGAAAAAGAUAUCGUAGCAUAUCGUUUCACCGAGAGAUCAAGAAAGAAAAAGAGGAAAAAGAUAUCGUAGCAUAUCGUUUCACCGAGAGAUCAAGAAAGAAAAAAGAGGAAAAAUGAGAGAAAUCGUAAGCAUACAUCUCGGACAAGCCGGAAUUCAAGUUGGAAAUUCCUGUUGGGAACUCUAUUGCCUUGAACAUGGCAUUCAACCUGAUGGACUUAUGCCUAACAAUACGUCAAACGAUUCCUUCGGGACCUUCUUCAGCGAAGGCAGACGAGGAAAGUACGUCCCAAGGGCUGUAUAUCUUGAUCUUGAACCCAUGGUGAUCGACGAAGUUAGAACCGGGAGUUACAGGAAACUCUUCAAUCCGAACCAACUCAUUUCCGGUAAGGAGGAUGCAGCCAAUAACUUCGCCAGAGGACAUUACACUGUGGGAAGAGAAUUCAUCGAUCAAUGUGUUGAUCGUGUGAGAAAACUAGCCGACAAUUGCAGUAAUCUGCAAGGGUUUAUGGUUUUCAACGCCGUCGGUGGUGGCACCGGUUCUGGUUUAGGAUCCCUGCUCCUAGAACGCUUGUCCGGCGAGUAUGGGAAGACGUUGAAACUUGGGUUCACCAUAUUCCCAUCUCCAAAGGUUUCGACCGCAGUCGUGGAACCUUAUAAUGCUGUGUUAGCGACCCAUUCGAUGAUCGAGCACACAGACAUCGUGGUGCAACUAGACAACGAAGCCAUAUAUGAUAUAUGCAGGAAAGGUUUACGCCUCGAAAAGCCAUCUUACCGGAACCUGAAUCGCUUAAUAUCUCAAACGAUCUCAUCGUUAACGACUUCCUUGAGGUUUAAUGGAUCCAUGAACGUUGACAUUUCAGAAUUCCAAACGAAUCUCGUCCCGUUCCCACGGAUCCACUUCAUGCUUUCAUCAUACGCACCGGUGAUCUCAUCUUCGCGAGCCUACCACGAGCUCAACUCAGUUCCUGAAAUCACAAACGCCGUAUUUGAUCCGUCUAACAUGAUGGCUAAGUGCGACCCGAGGAAAGGGAAAUACAUGGCGUGUUGCCUAAUGUACCGUGGAGACAUUGCUCCGAAGGACGUUAACACGUCCGUUGGAUCGAUCAAAACGAAAAAGACGGUUCAAUUCGUCGACUGGUGUCCGACGGGAUUCAAGUGCGGGAUCAACUACCAGGCUCCUACGUUUGUACCUGGCGGAGAUCUGGCGAAGGUGAAACGAGCAGUUUGUAUGAUCAGCAACAACACUGCCGUUUCAGAGGUUUUCAGUCGGAUAGAUCACAAGUUCGAUACGAUGUUUGCAAAACGGGCGUUUGUGCAUUGGUAUUUGGGUGAAGGGAUGGAAGAAGGCGAGUUUACGGAAGCGCGUGAAGAUCUUGCAGCUCUGGAGAAAGAUUAUGAAGAAGUGGUUCAAGAUGGUCAGCAGGAAGAGGAGUACUAAUUUAAAAUUUAAAUGGCGCCAAUCUUAUGUAAAUGUAAAUGACUCAUUUGUCCUUGAAUAUGAAAGGUUUAACCGUUUAACUGUGUGCA